GGAGUGGGUAGCUAGGGGUAUAAAACAGAAAACGACGCUUUUGCGAGCCAAUAUGUGUGUGGUUACAUUUUGGUGAACAACAAGGAUCCAUUAAUUCUUACCCGAUUGACAUUGAGACGCGGCGAUAUUCAUCAUGCUGCUAAAUGCAGUGAUAAUUUGUUGUAUCGUCGUUGUGAAUGCAGAACCACCUCUUAACAGCUACUCUCUCACUGGCGAUAACAAUGGAUACGAUUACAGUAACGUCGAUUACAAUAACGCCGUCGCCAAUAACGGAUACUUAGGAUCCAAGGAUAGCUACUUGAGCGGCGGCAGUUUUUACAAUGAUAGAGACACUGGUCACAAAUUAUCUAAUCACAUCAGUAGCCAUUCGUCGAUUAAUGACGUUAAUCAGGCUAGCAUAGGGAGUGACACGGGAAACAGUUACAAAUAUCCUAUGAACGAUCACGAAGGCGGGUAUUCCAAAACUUACGAGAAUCCCGAGGGCGACUCUUACUCUUUGUCGAAUCAUGCAACGUCUAUCCCGUUCAGAGCAUAUUCCAGUCCCAACAGUAACCUAGAUUCAAACUUUAAGACGUACUCCGGCGGCUCCGUUCAAAGGGACACCGAUUUCGGCCAGUACGCCGCUGGUAGCAGCAGUAACAGCCAAAGAGUACUCCCUUAUCCUGGAUACAAUAGGCCUGUUAUGUUGGAAAAUUAUGCCGAGAGUACCUCCGACGGCGACAUACGCGCGCAAGGAUAUCACGGCUCCUCCGGUGCUCAGAGUUACUCCGAGAGUGAUCACGUUUAUCCCCCUUAUCCGCCAGCCAGUCCAGCCGGCGAGUACCCGUUUGGAAAGCAGAAAGACGGCCCGUACAGCAACUUGAAAGGCGGCAACAAGUACAACGAUAUCCACUCGAUACCGAGCGAAACGCGUUACACACGUGGAAAUGCAGGACACGCCGGCCAUAAUCACGGUGUUUCAUCGCCGUACCUGUCCGGUUCCGGGCCGAGCGGUUACUUAUCCAAGACGUACGGCUCCGCUGUCUACUACUCCGCGGGGAAACCGUAUAAAUACGGCUACAAGUACUCGUCUCGCUACGCUCCGAAUAGCGGCGUAACUUACCUGACGCGCGAUAGUCAUUACGCUCCGUACGGCAAGGGUGGUGGAAAAGUCAUAAUAAUUAAGGAUAGCAGGCCGAGUUACGCGAGUCUUUACUCCGACGAGCCGUCCUACAUCGCCGGUGGUGGUUACAGGAGCAAGAGCGGAGGUUUCAUGAAUGCGGCUGGUUAUUCCGCAUCACCGAAUUUCGAUGGUUACAGCGGUGGUAGUAGCUACGUCGACGGUCCUACUGUCCCCAGGCGAUACAGGGCCAGCGGCGGUGGGCCCAUGCUCGUGCAAAAGACUAUAUAUUCUUGAUAUAUGUACCUCUGACCGUGAGAGAUCGUAUUUAAUAGGUAUAAUGCGCCGAGAGUUUUGUAUAUAUAUUUAUUGUAUAAGCGGCUUAAUAACAUCCAGAAGCAACACACCCUUAUACAUGAUCUCAAGAGAAUUCUUUUAAAGCUAAAGGAGGAAAAUAAGUGCAAUAUUAUAUUUCUUUUAUUAAAAAGGAAAUACUUUUUCGGUAAAAAUUUUCAAUUAGAAUAUGGAAUUAUAGAAAAUAACAUGUUGCGACUAAAGUCACUUUUUUUUUAGUGUUAGAAUAUUUUCCUUUUAGUUUUAGAAGAAUAUUCUGGAGGCCGUAAUAUAAGGAGUUUCCGCUAAGAACGAGAUUAUAUUUUUUGGAUGAGGAAUUGCUUCAACGUCAUUCAAAAUAAAGAUGCCGUUCGAUUCUUUGUAAAUGUUGAAGUUGGCGUUUUUAUUGUUUCCCUUCUAGGAUGUUUUGAAUAAUUGCCAGUUACAACGGCGUUUGAUAUAUAUUUUUUAUUAUUUACAGUUAAAAACACUAUGUGUGCUUGUGUGAUAUGUUAUUGCUUGUAGAGGUGCUUUUCAUCUACUUACUUGCUGUUUGUCAAGGAUGCUUCGUGUAAUAAAUACUCUUUAAUUAUUAUAA